GGUCAGACGGCGGCGAGAUUCUCGCCCUGAGCAACGGCCUGAUGUCGGCGGAGGGAAGCAGGCCCAGGCUUGGUGAGGAGGCAAGUCCUGCAGCCUCAGCAUGCGCUGGCCAGCUGUAACCUGAGGUGCUCUCUCACUUCCUCCUUCAGGUUCUGAGGGGACAGGCUGACAAGGAGGACCAGAGGCCCCUGGAGGAGCACGGAAGGAGAAGAUCUGCCUGUGGGUUUCCAUUGCCCAGCUCCUGCCCACACUCCCGCCUACUGCCCUGACCAGAGUCAGCAUGCCUCUUGAGCAGAGGAGUCAACACUACAAGCCUGAAGAAGGCCUUGAGGCCCGAGGAGAGGCCCUGGGCUUGGUGGGUGCACAGGCUUCUGCUACUGAGGAGCAGGAGACUGCCUCCUCCUCUUCUACUGUAGUGGAAGUCACCCUGGGGGAGGUGCCUGCUGCUGAGUCACCGGGUCCUCCCCAGAGUCCUCAGGGAGCCUCCACCCUCCCCACUACCAUCAACUACACUCUCUGGAGCCAAUCUGAUGAGGACUCCAGCAGCCAAGAAGAGGAGGCGCCAAGCACCUUUCCUGACCUGGAGUCCGGCUUCCAGGCAGCACUCAGUAGGAAGGUGGCUGAGUUGGUUCAUUUUCUGCUCCUCAAGUAUCGAGUCAGGGAGCCAGUCACAAAGGCAGAAAUGCUGGGGAGUGUCAUGAGAAAUUGCCAGUACUUCUUUCCUGUGAUCUUCAGCAAAGCAUCUGAUUCCUUGCAGCUGGUCUUUGGCAUCGAGCUGAUGGAAGUGGACCCAGUCGGCCACUUGUACAUCCUUGUCACCUGCCUGGGCCUCUCCUACGAUGGCCUGCUGGGCGACAAUCAGAUCAUGCCCAAGACAGGCCUCCUGAUAAUCGUCCUGGCCAUAAUCGCAAAAGAGGGCGACUGCGCCCCUGAGGAGAAAAUCUGGGAGGAGCUGAGUGUGUUGGAGGUGUUUGAGGGGAGGGAGCACAGUAUCUUCGCGGAUCCCAGGAAGCUGCUCACCCAAGAUUUCGUGCAGGAAAACUACCUGGAUUACCGGCAGGUGCCUGGCAGUGAUCCUGCAUGCUACGAGUUCCUGUGGGGUCCAAGGGCCCUCGUUGAAACCAGCUAUGUGAAAGUCCUGUACCAUAUGCUAAAAAUCAGUGGAGGACCUCACUUUUCCUACCCACCCCUGCAUGAAUGGGCUUUGAGAGAGGGGGAAGAGUGAGUCCGAGCACACGUUGUAGCCAGGGCCAGUGGGAGGGGUCUGGGCCAGUGCACCUUCCAGGGCCCCAUCCGUUAGCUUCCACUGCCUUGUGUGACAUGAGGCCCAUUCUUCAUUCACUCUUUGAAGAGAGCAGUCAGCAUUCUCAGUUUUGGGUUUCUGUUCUAUUGGAUGACUUGGAGAUUUAUCUUUGUUUCCUGUUGGAAUUGCUCAAAUGUUCCUUUUAACAGGUGGUUGAAUGAACUUCAGCAUCCACGUUUGUGAAUGACAGUAGUCACACAUAGUGCUGUUUAUAUAGUUUAGGAGUAAAAGUCUUGUUUUUUAUUCAGAUUGGGAAAUCCAUUCCAUUUUGUGAAUUGUGACGUAAUUACAGCAGUGAAAAAGUAUUUGCUUAAAAUUGUGAGCGAAUUAGCAAUGACAUACAAGGGAUAAAGAACUCAAGACAUUAAAAGAUAGUUAAUUCUUGCCUUAUACCUCAGUCUAUUCUGUAAAAUUAAAUAAAUAUGCAUACCUGGAUUUCCUGGGCUUCUUUGAGAAUGCAAGUGAAAUUAAAUCUGAAUAAAUAA